AUGGGGAAGACAUUGGCUGCCACCACCUGGAGUCUCAUUAUUAUGAUAGCUGCUAUUCUUGCUCUCUUUGUGAAGCAUAGAAACACUCCCAUUGUGAAGGCCAGUUAUUGGGCUCUGAGCUACAUCCUGCUCAUAUGCCUCACCUUCUGUUUACUCUGCACCUUAAUCUUCAUUGGCCAUCCCUACACAGCCACCUAUAUAUUCCAGCAGACCACAUUUGGAUUUGUGUUCACUGUAGCUCUUUCUAUUGUCUCAGCCGAGUAUCACUGUUUCUGGCCUUCAAGUCACUGUUCCAGGCAGAAUGAUGAGACAAAUCCACCCUACAUUGACACAGACACAGACUCUAAACAUGGCCACAUCAUCAUCUUGUGCAACAAGGGCUCCCUCAAUGCCUUCUACUGUGUCCUGGAAUACCUGGGCUCCUUGGGCCCCGUCAGCUUCAUGAUGGCUUUCCUGGCCAGGACCCUGCUUGACACACUCAAUGAAGCCAAGUUUCUGACAUUCAACAUGCUUACACCCAGCAACUACCAGAACUACCUAGCUUUUACUUUUGCUGUAGAAGAGAUCAACAGAAAUCAUCAUAUUUUACCCAACAUUUCUCUGGGCUAUGAGUUCCACAAUUUCAUUUACAGUCAUUGGAGGAUACUAGAGAAUUCCUUCAUUUUGCUCACAGGACAACAUGAGAUUCCAAAUUACAUGUGUAGGAAAAAAAGCAAGUAUGCAGCAGUAUUGACAGAAAUUCCAUGGCAAACCUCGGUUCAGAUAGGACCACUGCUGGAACUCUACAAAUUUCCACAGAUUUCCUUUGGCUUGUUUGAUCCUACACUGACUGAGAGUGGCCAGUAUCCUUCACUCCAUCAGGUGGCUCAAAAGGACACACAUUUGGCUGUUGGCAUGGUAUCCUUGAUGCUUCAUUUCCACUGGACAUGGGUGGGCCUGCUCACCACAGAAGGCCAUAAAGGUCUUCAGUUUAUCUCAGAUAUGAGAACUGAAAUGGACAGGGGCAGAGUCUGUGUAGCCUUUGUGAAAAUUGUGUCAAGUGUCACUGUGUCAUAUCUCUCAGCCAUGCAGAAAUAUGAUAUCUUGACUGCAGAUACAUCAUCAGUCAAUGUGGUGGUUAUUUACUAUGAUACAGAUAGUCAAAAUGAUGUGAGCUACAACAUAGUUCAAAACUUAAUGACAUGGAAAGUCUGGAUGACAAACUCACGAUGGCAAGCUGACCUCGAUGGAAGAAAUUUCAUACUUGACCCCUUCCAUGGGGCUUUUGUUUUUACACAACACCAUGAAGAGAUUUCAGGUUUCAAAAAUUAUGUCCAGGAAGCUACCCCUUUCAAAUAUCCAGAUGACACUUACCUCUUUGUGUAUUGGUACAAGAAUUUCCACUGCUCAUUCUUUGAGCCUGACUGUGCUUUGAAGAACUGUUCACCUAAUAGCUCUCUGGCUUGGUUGCCCCCGAGUCAUUUUGACACAGCCAUGAGUGACAGGAGUUACAAUAUAUACAAUAGUGUGUAUGCUGUGGCCCAUGCCCUUCAUGUGAUGCUUUUUGGAGAAGAACAAGGACCACCAAUGAGAAAUACAAAAGUGAUGAUGUUUUCCCCAUGGCAGCUGAAUCCCUUUCUGAGGAACAUACAAUUUUCCAAUCCUGCUGGAGACCAAGUGAAUUUGAAUGACAGAAAGAAACUGGAUUCAGAGUAUGACAUUCUCAAUUUUUGGAAUUUUCCAGAAGGCCUUAGACUUAAAGUUAAAGUGGGAAUAUUUUCUUUUUAUGCUCCACAUAGUCAAGAAAUGACUUUAUCUGAGGAUAUGAUAGAGUGGACCACAGGAGUUACAGAGAUUCCCCUCUCUGUGUGCAGUGAGAGUUGCAGUCCUGGUUUUAGGAAGAGCCCUCAGGAGGGAAAAGCUGCCUGUUGUUUUGAUUGCACCCCUUGUGCAGAAAAUGAGAUCACCAAUGAAACAGAUAUGGAGCAGUGUGUGAAGUGUCUACAUCACCAAUAUGCCAACACUCAGAGAAACCACUGCUUGCAUAAAAAUGUGACCUUUCUGACUUAUGAAGAUCCUGUGGGAAAAGCUCUGGCUGGUGCUGCCCUGACUCUCACUGUCCUUACAGCUGCUGUCCUUGGGCUCUUUGUGAAGCACCAAAACACUCCCAUUGUUAAGGCCAACAACCAGGCUCUUAGCUACACCCUACUCAUCUCCCUCCUUGCUUGUUUCCUCUGCUCCUUACUCUUUAUUGGCCGUCCCAACACAGCCACCUGCAUUCUCCAACAGACCACAUUUGCAGUUACAUUCAUGGUGGCUGUUUCCACUGUCUUGGCCAAAACCAUUACUGUGGUGCUGGCAUUUAAAAUCACUGUUCCAGGUAAAAGGAUGAGGCAGUUGCUGGUAUCAGGGGCACCAAAUUCCAUCAUCCCCAUCUGCUCCCUGAUCCAACUCACUCUUUGUGGCAUCUGGAUGGGGACAAAUCCACCCUACAUUGACACAGACACACACUCUGAACAUGGCCACAUCAUUAUCAUGUGCAACAAGGGCUCCCUCACUGCCUUCUAUUGUGUCUUCGGAUAUCUGGUCUCCCUGUCCCUGGUCAGCUUCAUGGUAGCUUUUCUGGCUAGAAACCUGCCUGAUACAUUCAAUGAAGCAAAGUUCCUGACGUUCAGCAUGCUGAUGUUCUGCAGUGUAUGGGUCGCCUUCCUCCCUGUGUACCACAGCAGCAGGGGGAAGGUGAUGGUGGCCAUGGAGGUCUUCUCCAUCUUGGCCUCUGGUGCAGGACUGCUGGCAUGCAUCUUUGUGCCUAAGUGCUACAUUAUUUUGUUAAGACCAGAGAGAAAUUCUCUUAUUGGAAUCAGGGAUAAAACACAUUCUAUGAGAAAGGUGCCUUCCUAUCAUUAA